GAGACGAUCACCCGCCAUUCCCUCGACCAUGCGAUAGUGCUCCGGCAGUCUUCCCCUCCCCCAAAUCGUCUCCGUCCUCGUCCCUGCGCCUGCGUGCUGACCUAGGACGGCUGGUCAUUCUUUCACCUUCUUCGGCUGGUAAAUUCGAAGAAUACAUCCUCACUUCUUGCCGUACACUCAUUUGCUCGCUAUGCUGGCUCCGAAGCCCCCUGUGGACUUGGAGGGCCAUUGCUCUGUCAUCUAUAACAACACUCUUUACGCCUAUUCUGCCCUUGGAUUUGUCUCGCUCGCCCUCGAACGCAAUGCGACAUGGGCCGACUUAACCAUGGGAGAGCCGGUCUCCAAUGCGGCGUGUGUCACGGGUGGGAUUGAUGGGGAUGAAGACAAGCAUGCGCUGUACGUGGUGGGCGGUUCCGGUUCCGGCUCCGAUCUAUCAGGCCUACAGCGUUAUUCCUUUCAAGACGGGAGCUGGACCUCUUUUCCUCACGGAGACCUGGCCAAUCGAACUCGACACCAGGCGGUCUAUCUUUCUAAUUCUUCCAGCAUUCUGGUAUACGGCGGCCAUACCGAUUACGAAGCCGUUGCCUCGUCAGAUACCUUUGUCGCGCACGCCAUGGCUCCCUACCUCCUAGACUCCUACACGGCCACGAAUGCAUCUCCGGCCUGGCUGCCUGUAUUACUGCCCUGGAGCGAUAGCGAAGCAGUCCUGGUAGGCGGCACGACUACCCCCAAGGGCGUUCAUCUGUUUAACCCGACCAGUGGUUGGUAUGAUUCCAACAUAACCCUGGCCAAUGCACUCUCUAGCGAUGUACAGGCUGCGCUGCUCGAUGGCACGAAUGGGACCAUGAUCCUCGAGGCUUUUGACAUGGCGGUUUCACCCAACACAGUCUCCAGCGUAGAGCUGGUCAAGCCAGGAGGCACGCCGGCUAGCCCUGCAACCACGUUGGCGGCCAGCUCUUCGUCCAGCAAGGAAAGGAGAGAGGUGUCUCUGAGCGAUUACCCAACUUAUUCCAGCACCUUGGCCUCUUCUACGACGAGACAGAAUUAUUCGCUCGCGCAAGGUGAAGACGGACUAGUCGUCAUCUCCAGCGGAAGCGGCACGGAUUCACUGGCCAUCUUCAACCAAACGGCCAACAGCUGGGUCAAUACCACGCAGCUGUUUUAUGGGGAGAAGACGUCAGAGCAGCAAAUCCUCGGGUCCAUGACCCACACGGCAGCUACCACUGCAUCGAACAGCAGCUCCUCCGCCAGCACCUCAUCCAGCGCCGCUGCCAGCGGAGGCUCAUCCGGCAGCGACAUUGGAGCCAUUGUGGGUGCUACCCUUGGCGCGAUUCUGGGCGUAGGACUCAUCCUGAUUCUGAUUCUGCUGUGGAUCAAACGGAAGAAGCAAAUCAUGAAACAAGCCCAGAACGGCGACAAAGAAGAUCGAUUGAGCUUCCAGGACCGGGGCGUGGAGCCCUUGGCGCAAUCCGCGUAUCCCAUGGCCAAAAGUCCCGCCCCUAUGGCCGCCGCGUCGGUGGACUCCCUGGCGAUCUUCUCGGGUUCACUGAGCGAUGAAAAGACCCCCCGAUCAGCCGGAGCACGACCUCCUUACGGACAGAACACGAGUCCGCUGAAGCCGAGCCCGCUGGUGACUGUGCAAUCCCCCGACCCUUCUCCGAGCACGUACUCGCCCAGUGCGUACUCCAGCGCUGCCCUCGAUAAGGAACUGUCGGUCAAGGAACUGAACCCCGGUGGCCGCCCGGGCGAUCGGUUGACCAACGAAGGGUGGAGUCGGUACUUCCAAGAUAACAGUGCGACUGACCUGGCCGGGGUGCAGCCACCAACGCUCCAGCCUCCUGCUUCGGGGCUGCGGAGCAACCGGACUGACUCGAGCAGCACCGCAUGGCCGAUCAAGCUGGCGCCCCUGAACUUCGGAUUCUUGGACGAGCCCAAAGCCCUCGGGGGACAAGUGAUCAGCGGCAGUCCCACUACCGAACAUGCAUCGUCGAUCAUCUCCGCAGAGGGCCGACAGAUGAUCAUCCCGGAAAGCCAGUCCGCCCGCAUCUCGACCGCAUCCUCCAUUGACGACGACAUGGAGAGUGAUCCGCACUGGCAAUCCCGCAGCUGGAUGGGGAGACCUCCCAGCAGCACCUACAGUCGAAGCUACUACAACCCCAGCACCCGUGCGCCUUCCAUGGCACCCUCCAUGGCCAUGCCCUCCGAUGGCGACUCCCGGCUCGACCCCUCCAGCGCUUACAACCACCGUGGAUCCAGCAUUCUCAUUCCGGACAGUUUGGCACCGAUGCCGGAACACGACGAACCGGGGCACAGUGGAGGCGGUCAAACAGCCAAUGUGAAUUCCGAUAUGAGCUGGUUGAAUUUGAACGGCGACAAAUGAACCGCCUGGCACUUUCCUGGGCCUUUUCGUCAAUCCACGUGCCCGUCAAUUUACCUCCAGCCCUUCUGCUCCCGUUCUCUCUCUGGUUCCCCUCGACCCCGCUUUACAUCACCGGCUCCUCGGAGGUGUCCCGUGUAAAAAAGUCUCUCUCUCUCUCUCUCUCCUUGACCGCACCGAUCUAUCUGCUAUGGAUGGA